AUGGACAGAUCAAAUGCUCUCCCAACACCGAUGGUUGCUAAUAAUCGUCUGACUGCUGAGGAAGGAAGCCCCCUUGAAGAUGACCAUCAAUAUCGAAGCAUCGUAGGUGCCUUGCAAUAUAUCGUGAUCACCAAGCCUGACAUAGCCUAUUCAGUCAACAAGGUGUGCCAAUUCAUGCAUAAGCCACUAACUGGUCACCUCAAAGCAGUCAAGAGGAUACUACGGUAUUUACAAGGCACACUGAACUACGGAUUACAGUUUACCCGCGCUUCCAAAUUCCUUCUUGAAGGUUACUCUGAUGCAAGUUGGGGAUCGGACAUUGACGAUCGAAGGUCCACCUCUGGGUAUUGUAUCUUCCUUGGAGGUAAUCCGGUCUCGUGGAGCUCGAAGAAGCAGCAUGUUGUGUCUCGUUCCACAGCAGAGGCGGAAUACAGGAGUGUUGCACAUGUCACCGCUGAAAUGACGUGGAUACAAUCCCUGUUGACUGAAUUGUUUGUUCCAAGCUUACCAAAGGCACUGGUUUGGUGUGAUAGCUCAGGAGCGAUAGCAGUUGCAGGAAAUCCAGUCAUGCACUCCAAAUUCAAACAUGUGGAGCUAGAUAUUUUCUCUCUCAGAGAAAAGGUGGCAGCUGGAGUAGUUCAAGUUGGUCAUGUCCCAGGGACCCAUCAGCUAGCAGACAUACUAACAAAGCCUUUGUCAGCUUCAGGGUUUAACCGUUUUCGGGAUUUACUUCGAGUGGUUAACAUGAACUAG